AUGCCAUUCUCUCUUGAAGCCGCUAAUAGCGGCUGUCUUGAAAGAGGAAAUUACCUAUGGAAUCUUCCCCUUUCAGAGGAGACACCUUACUGCUGCAGCGAGGGUUUGCUGCCAAGGAGAGUAAGCUUAGGUAUAGAGGAAGUUAUAUCGGGCAACUCCUCUCCUGCUGCUUCCUUUGAGCUUGCUGCUGCUGUUGCUCCUCCACCUCCGUCUCUUAUUGAGGCAGAGACUGCAGCAGCGGCAGCAGCGGCUGCUGGUGCUGUUAGUGGUGCUGCUGCUGGCGUUGGGACAGCAGCAGACGGGAUACUCGCUACAGCAGCCAGCAGCAACAGCAGCAGAAGCAGCAGCUGCAGCAGAAGCUGCAGUAUCACCAGCUCCAUUGAAACCCUACCAGAUGCUGCUUCUGCUGCUGUUGCUGCUGCAGCAGCAGCAGAGGUUGCUGCUAGGAUUGACCCUGCAGCAACGGGAACACAGCAGCAACUCGUCGCCCAACAUGAAGCAGAACAGUGUGGGCUCGUUGCUGCUGCUCCAGCUGCAGCAGCAGCAGCAGCUAGGGCAUCUUUGCAGUCCCAGCAACAGCAACAGGAACAGCAGCUGCAGCAACAACAACAACAGCAGCAGCAGCAGCGUGGUGUGGGUGUAGAAACAACACUGAUGGUAAGCGAUGGAGACCUUGAGGUGUACGUACAUCCUAAUGCUGCUGACAGCAACGAAGAGGGACUCUCGGGUGUACAGGCAGCUCUUGGUAGCAUUGGCUUCUUGGGGAUAGAGCAACAACUUGCUGCUGCUGCUGCUGCUGCAGCAGCAAGUGUGGCUGCUGACAGCAGCAACAGCAACAGCAGCAGGAGCAGCAGCAACGCCGAGUUUGCUGCUUGGCUGGCUGCUCCACUUUUACAGCAAGAGUCCUGUUUGUUGCUGCGCCAUCCGCAGCAGGAGCAGCAGCAGCAGGAGGAGGAUAAUGGGCAGCAGCAGCAGCAACAGCAGCACCAGCUGUUGCUGCUGCACCCUUGCGGCUGUUGGCCGUUUGCAUGCGUGGAGACCUGUGGCUCACAAGAAGCAGCACGCUGCAGAGGAGACCUUGUGUUAGGGUCUCCUCCUCUCUUAGGUUGCUGUUGCUGCAUUGGUCAAGGGGAAGCAACAGCAGCAGCAAGGCAUGCAGCAGCAAGUGCUGCUGCUGCUGCUAGAGCUGCUGCCGUUAAAGGCCCCUCGGCAGCUGCCCAGCACGCAAAGACACUGGCAGUAGCUGCAACAGGUCGUUUUCUUAUUCAGCAACAGCACACCAAGCAGCAGCAGCAACAGCAGCAGCAGCAACAGCAGCAGCAGCAACAGCAACAGCUGUAUUUGCUGCCCUUGACGGAGACAGAGGCUUUUCUUACCCCAGCAGCAGCAGCAGCACUUGCAAGAGCAGCAGCAGCAGCAGCAACAGCACCGACAAGAGGAGCAGCAGCAGCAGCACCGACCAGCAGCAGCAGGAGCAGCAGCAACGACAGAAAGCGCACUGGCUAUAGCGUACUAUCAUUGAGCUCGCACCACAUGGGGUCAGCAGCAACAACGGCAACAGCAUGGCAGCAGCAGCAGGCGCAACAAAAGCAGCAACAGUACAGCAGCAGCAGCAGCAAUAGCAGCAGCAGCAGCAGUACAGCAGCAGCCGUUUGCCGCCUCUGUUGCCCUUGGUUGUUUGAGGUGUGCGUACACCUCAACUCUGUACUCGAGUGUUUACAACAAACGGCAGCUGCAGCAGCAGCAGUAGUAGUAGCAGCAGCAGCAGCAACUGCUGCUGCAGCGCCAAAGGAGCGCAGUUGCGCCGCCGUGGCAGCAGCAGCAGCAGCAGCAGCAGCGGGGGCAGACGCACAGGCAGCAGAAGCAGCAGCAGAAGCAGUGGCAGCAGCGGCAGAAGCAGGAGCAGGAGCAGACGCAGAAGCACCGGCAGAAGUAGAAGCAGCAGCAGAAGCAGCAAACGUCCUCUUCUGCCAAAGAAACAGCUUCUAG